UGUCAUUCUACCCAGGUCUUGUUGAUCACUAACCUCAUUCCCUCCCGGCUGUCAUGUAAUUCCACAACUAGAGCAUGAUUAUAGAGAUAUUAUUAUUUACAGCGGCGUAUGGAGCGAAAUAGCUGUUAAAUCUGCCAUUGGUUUUGCAAAAAAAUCGACAUUUUCAUCAUUUUGGACAGUAUGUUUACAGUAGGCAAGAUGUCCCUUAUCGCUAUGGCUCUGCCAGUGAUGACCGUCCUCCUCUCCUCCUGGCAGGGUAAGUCUUGACGAUGCUGCUUGGUUUUUCUAACAGGCCGCGGCACUAAGCUAUAUUUCUGGAUACAAUUUACACGUGUUGCAAGAAUGUAUCCAUACAUUUUAGCGGUAGGCGAAUCCACUCGACACAGGGCUAAUGUAUCCAGAUAAUGCCUAAACGUUCUAAGGGGUGUCCAGACAUUAUUCAUUUUUUCGCCUGUGUCACCAAUAUUUAUUAUAGACCUUUGAUAUGUUUGUUUUUAUUCAAGAAUUGCUUGGUUGUCUCAAAUUAAAUGCGAAACGCACGAUAGCCAAAUAUUCCCACGCCUAUAUAGACAACUGUUAUUCUGGCCUAUAUUCCUUAAUUUCGUAAUUUUAUCUCGAAUAGAUUGACCGUUUCAUUAAAAAUCCAUUCUGUUUUCACAAAAUAGUCUAAACAGUAUUAGAACCCAUUGGAGUCAAAACAAUAAACAAUUGGCAGAAGUGAUCAGGGGAACAUCUCAUUUUAAUUUGAUUAGAUAUAAGAAAUCAACUGAUCAAUCCAUUGACUGUUAAAUUAAUAAUGUAAUUAUAUUUACAGUAUAUUGGGGACUGACCUAAUUAAAUUCACAUGCUUUCAUAUGACAUGGGCUCAGAUUCCUUUGUAGUUGAUUCUAGUGAUCGGCAUUUCGUGUAUUUUCCUAGAGCCGGCCUAUUUGGCUCCGUUCACGUAAAAGAGCCGGCUAAUUUGGCUCCCAAAUGGCUCUUCAUUCAAAAUCGAUCUAGAACUAAAGAAAAAUUGAAAUCUCCAAAGUAAAGCCCAAAAAGUAGGCUACCAUUAUGUCAGAUAGUGAAAUAUUUUUUUUAUUUGGACAAAUUAUUAGAUAACAUUUUUAAGGCACUGCAAAAAUGAGCGUGUACCAGAAUGAUGCGCUAUCUCCACUAUUUACUGUUUCUGUAGUGAGGAUUCACCCUCUUUAGAUCAUUAUGUUGUAACUUAUCUGCAGGUAAUCGUUGUUUUGAGCUCAAAAAGCAGUUGUAGCGGUAUGUAAAUGUUCAAAAAGAGCUGUUCGUUCGCGAACCAACCCAUCACUAGUUGAUUCAUCUGUAGUCCCUUGGACCAGAAGGAAAUUACAUUAAUGAAGCAGGAACUUCCUCUUAUGGGUUGGGAGGGAGUGGGGCACCUAUGCAGGUGGCAUAAUUAAGCAAUAAGGGCCGAGGGGGUGUGGUAUAUUGCCAAUAUACCAAGGCUAAGGGCUGUUCUUAUGUACAACGCAACGCGGAGUGCCUGGAUACAGCCCUUAGCCAUGGUAUAUUGUCCAUAUACCACAAACCCCCGAGUUGCCUUAUUGCGAUUAUAAACUGGUUACCAAUGUAAUUAGAGCAUUAAAAAUAUAUGUUUUGUCAUACCCGUGGUAUACGGUCUGAUAUGCCACUGCUGUCAGACAAUCAGCAUUCAGGGCUUGAACCACCCACUUUAUAAUGACCUAUAACCCUCAAACUCAACUCUGGACAGUUCCACUGCAUUUUUUCGUUGUUCCCCUCUAAUCAGGGACUGAUUUAGACCUGGGAAACCAGGUGUGUGCAAUGAAUUAUUACAUUUACAUUUUAGUCAUUUAGCAGACGCUCUUAUCCAGAGCGACUUACAGUUAGUGAGUGCAUACAUUUUUCAUACUUUAUUAUAAUUAUCAGGUAGAACCGAAACCCAGCAGGCUCCGGACCUCGUAGGGUAAGAGUUGAGUGCACCUUACCUACGUAUAGCAUCAGGCCCUACAGGACAGCCUGCUGCCUAUAACCUCUGAACAUUUUUACUGUGACAUUCUUCAACCUCCAAGUGUAAUUCAAUCAAUCAAUUAAUCAAAUGUAUUUCUAAAGCCCUUUUUUCAUCAGCAGAUGUCACAAAGUGCUAUACAGAAACCCAGCCUAAAACCCCAAACAGCAAGCAAUGCAGAUGUAGAAGCACGGUGGCUAGGAAAAACUCCCUAGAAAGGCAGAAACCUAGAGAGGAACCUAGAGAGGAACCAGGCUCUGAGGGGUGGCCGGGUGGAGAUUAUUACAGUACGUGGCCAUUAAGGCCAGAUUUUUCUCCAAGAUGUUCAACCGUUCAUAGAUGACCAGCAGGGUGAAAUAAUAAUCACAGUGUUUGUAGAGGUUGCAACAGGUCAGUACAUCAGGAGUAAAUGUCACUUGGCUUUUCAUAGCCGGGCAUUCAAAGGUUGAAAUAGCAGGUGCGGUAGAGAGAGAGAGUUGAAAACAGCAGGUCUGGGACAAGGUAAAUAUGUGUUGAGAUGUAGCCAAUGGGCUGUUUGGUGUCUCACAAAAAAUAUUAAGACCACUGAGUAGUCUCAGGAUUGUAAUCAGCUUUCUUUUGCCUCUGUAAGCCCACCCUUCUAAGUCUGUCUGUCUUGCUCUGUCUGUUUAUCCUUGACUGUAUCUGCAGUGGGUGCCACUGAUGACUGCUUGUGGUACGUGGAUAAGAAUGGCACUUGGCACAACGGUGUCCCCUGUCCCCUGAUGACCUUCUGUUGUGGGAACUGCCACAAGCGCUACUGUUGCCUGGACGGCCUCAAGAGGAUCACUGAGAGGGAGCAGAAGCGCUGCAUGCUCUUCCAGUUCAGGUGUGUGCACGUGUGUUUGCGUGACUGGCUCCCUAAACGUCAGAGUACACAGCCUCUUAUUCGUUCAGACAUUAUUUUUCUGGCUGUUGCACGUUGGUCAUAUUUUGCUAAUUGAUUACAUUGCUCCCCUGAGAAACCAUCUAUCAAUACAGUUUAGUGGUCACUCUGUAUUCCCUCUCAGGGAUUGGUUUAAUGCUGAGGUAAGUGACCUUGCACCUGAUAGGACGCAACACUGCAGAUUUUUUUCACAGCAUAAAAAGCUUCCAUCAUCACUUAACACCACUGAGCACGCUGGGAGCAGUAACACCCAACUGGAGAUCAGGGUGGUUUCCAGUAGGGAGAAAAUGUUGUAAAAUGGAGUGAAACGAGGAGGUACUACUUUAACUUGUUCUUUUUGCUUUCCCUUCGUCCUACUGAACAUGACCCAGUUUGAAAACACAGUUAAGGAGAAGCAGAAGAAUCCUCUGCACCUACUACUAUAUUGAACAAAAAUAUAAAUUCAACAUGCAACAACAGUUCAUGUUACAGUUAAUCUCCUUUGCAUAGCGUUGAUCAGGCUGUUGAUUGUGGCCUGUGGAAUGUUGUCCCACUCCUCUUCAAUGGCUGUGUGAAGUUGCUGGAUAUUGGCGGGAUCUGGAACACGCUGUCGUACACAUUCGAUCCAGAGUAUCCCAAACAUGCUCAAUGGGUGACAUGUCUGGUGAGUAUGCAGGCCAUGGAAGAACUGGGACAUUUUGAGCUUCCAGGAAUUGUGUACAGAUCCUUGCGACAUGGGGCCGUGCAUUAUCAUGCUGAAACAUGAGGUGAUUGCGGUGGAUGAAUGGCACGACAAUGGGCCUCAGGAUCUCGGCACUCUAUCCCUGUGCAUUCAAAUUGCCAUUGAAAAAAUGCAAUUGUGUUUGUUGUCCGUAGCUUAUGCCUGCCCAUACCAUAACCCCACCGCCACCAUGGGGCACUCUGUUCACAACGUUGACAUCAGCAAACCGCUCGCCCACACAAUGCCAUACACGUGGUGUGCGGUUGUGAGGCCAGUUGGACGUACUGCCAAAUUCUGUAAAACGAUGUCGGAGGCUGCUUAUGGUAGAGAAAUGAACAUUCAGUUUUCUGGCAACAGCUCUGGUGGACAUUCCUGCAGUCAGCAUGCUAAUUGCACAUUCCCUCAGAACUUGAGACAUGGCAUUUUUGAUUGGCCUUUUAUUGUCCCCAGCACAAGGUGCAUCUGUGUAAUAAUCAUGCUGUUUUAAUCAGCUUCUUGAUAUGCCACACCUGUCAGGUGGAUGGAUUAUCAUGGCAAAUGAGAAAUGGUCACUAACAGGGAUGUAAACAAAUUUGUGCACAAAAUGUUUUUUGUGCGUAUGGAACAUUUCUGGGAUCUUCUUUAUUUCAGCUCAUGAAACAUGGGACCAACACUUUACAUGUUGUGUUUUUAUUUUUGUUCAGUGUAUGUUAGGGGAGGUCAGAGAUCUGGCAGUGUGGUGCCAGGACAACAAUCUCUCUCUCAACAUCAGCAAGACAAAGGAGCUGAUCAUAGACUACAGGAAAAGGAGGGCCGAGCAUGCCCCCAUUCACAUCGACGGGGCUGUAGUGGAACGGGUCGAGAACUUAAAGUUCCUCGGUGUCCACAUCACUAAGGAUCUAUCAUGGUCCAAACACACCAACACAGUCGUGAAGAGGGCAUGACAACACCUCUUCCCCCUCAGGAGGUUGAAAAGAUUUGGCAUGGGCCCUCAGAUCCUCAAACUCUACAGCUGCACAAUUGAGAGCACCUUGACUGGCUGCAUCACCGGCUACUGCUUGGCAUCUGACCGCAAUGUGCUACAGAGGGUAAUGCGUACGGCCCAGUACAUCACUGGGGCCGAGCUCCCUGCCAUCCAGGACCUCUAUACCAGGCGGUGUCAGGAAGGCCCUAAAGAUUGUCAACGACUCCAGCCACCCAAGUCAUAGACUGUUCUCUCUGCUACUGCACGGCAAGUGGUACCAAUGCACCAAGUCUGGAACCAACAGGACCCUGUACAGCUUUUACCCACCAAGCCAUAAGACUAAAUAGUUAGUCCGGCUAGCUAUUCGGUUAGCUAUUUUAUUAUCUGCAUUGACCCUUUUUGCACUAACUUUUUUGACUCAUCACACACGCUGCUGCUACUGCUACUGUGGUCCUCUGUAGCUCAAUUGGUAGAGCAUGGCGCUUGUAAUGCCAGGGUAGUGGGUUCGAUCUCCGGGACCACCCAUACGUGAAAAUGAAUGCACACAUGACUGUAAGUCGCUUUGGAUAAAAGCGUCUGCUAAAUGGCAUAUUAUAUUAUUAUUAUUAUUAUCUAUCCUGUUACCUAGUCACUCUAUUCCUAGUAAUAUGUACAUAUCUACCUCAAUUACCUCGUACCCCUGCACAUCAAGUUAUCGUUACUCAUUGUGUAUUUAUGAAUUGUAUUACCUGUUAUUAUUUGUUUUAUUAUUUCUCUAUUUUCUUUCUGUCUUCAUUGUUGGCCCUUAAGUAAGCAUUUCACUGUUAGUCUACACCUGUUGUUUACGAAUCAUGUGACAAAUACAAUUCAUAACGUGUCUCAGAUUAAAGAGUGCUGAUCUAGGAUCAGUCCCCUCUGACCAUGUAAUCGUAUUCAUUAUGAUCUAAAAGGUCAAACUGAUCCCAGAUCAGCACCCCUACACUCUGAGACGCUUUAUGAAUAGCUGAGCUGAGGCAGAGAUGGGACUGGAAAGCUGUUUAUGAACCCUGGAACUGUGGGGUCGCAGGGUAACUCUGUGGAUGAAAACAGUUGGUAGUUGUGACACUGAUACUUUUGCACUAAAUGUUAGAAUGAGGUAGAUAAUGUCUUGAUUUUACUCUGUGGAAGCUUUUAGAAAGAGUCUGAGGUAUCUUCCCAUCCCUCCCUCCCUUCCUCUCCUAGUCCUACCACCAUCGCUGGUAUUGCUUCCUCCGUCCUGCUCUUCGUGGCUAUCAUUGCUACCAUGGUGUGCUGCUUCAUGUGCUCCUGUUGUUACCUCUACCAGCAACGACAGCAGCGUGGCAGGACGCCUUAUGAUGGUAACAUGAUGGAUUUAUGUUAACAGAAUGUGUUCAUUGGAUAGAUGUAUAUAAUGUGGUGAAUUGCAGUUGGGAAGGGUUUUAAGUCUGCCUGCUUUUGAAUGUUAUAAUGUCGGACGUAGUUAUAAUGUGAAAAUAAUUUGGGGAAAAACUGUAAAAGGUGAAAAUGGGGGUGGGGAUUCAUUGAAUUAGUGAGAUCAUCACAGUAUACUGUAUUUCUAUAUUGACUGAAUGAUAAGGAAGCUCACUACAACCCUGUAUGCUUCAACCUCAGCCCAGCACAUCCCAAUGGCCAGCUACCCUGUGGAGCCAAUGUAUGACGCUUACGGCAAGCCGCUGGUGAUGGGACAUCCUGAUUAUCAGCACCCUGGUUACCCAAUGGCACCUCAGUAUCCUGGCAUGCCUCAGCCAUACCCCAUGAUGCAACCCGGCCCGUUCCCCCCAUACCCCAUGGCAGACCCUGGCUACCCUCAGGGAGGUAAGAGGACAACCAGAAACCCUUUAUUAUUACUACUGAGUGAUGUGAUUUUUAGACUAAUGCAAUAUCGAUGUCUGAAGAGUAAACAAAAUCAUGAAGCACAUUUUUAUAUAGAGCCAGAUAUUGUUUUCUAUAUUAUAAUUGACCUUUUACUGUUGUGUUUUGCAGCACCCCCUCCUUACUCCCCACCACAGUACACACCCCACCCAGGUCACUGAUGGGAUGAAAGCAUGUACUGUACAUGGAGAGGAGAGGAGCAACAAAGUAAGGUCUGCGUCAAGAAGAGAAGGCGACCACAAGAAGGCAACCAUGGCUCUCAGCUCUUCUAGUGGUUGCCCAGUGAAAGAAAACCAGAGGCACCUUAUUGUCCUUUUAUUUUCUCCAUCCUUUAAAGGAACAGAGCAUGUGCUGAGUUGGGUUCUCCUGUCUGUACUGACACUGAACUGGAUUCCUACUGACAGUCUAAUGUGGAAAAUGUCACACCAUUCCAAGUGAGGUAACCAUCUUGCAUCCAUGCACUUACUUUGACAUCCAUCCAUCGCAAUUAGUGUAACCCAAAACCACAUUCUACAAGGUCACAUGCUUUGUUUGACAUUAAUUCUCUGCUUAAGACGUUUGACUUGAGGAAUGGUGAACAUCUGUUUUCACGUUUGCUUGGCUUUAAUCCGGUAGUGGACAGAGCGAGGGUCAUACCUGCAGAUAACAGGGUGUGUGUGAGAGCUGGUUGGCUCUUAUCUGUUGUAUAAAAGUCUAAAUGCUCAGAAGAGUUGACGGCUCCUCUCACUCUAUUGGAUCCCUUCAGCCAGCUCUCUGUGGGGAUUUCAUUGUCAUCUCAUGCUCCGCUUGUCUUCUGCAAUAGAUUAACAUUUACUUUAUGUAUAUUACAAUGUCAGUUAUACAGUACAUGUUCUGCUAUAUCCCAAUGUGUCAUUGUACUCAGUUGUCAGAGAGAAGUUUAUUUAUUAGUUUAAAUGUUAAUUUACAGUAAUAUAUCCAGCCAAUAUUUAAUAACCUAAAUAACAAAUCUGAGCCUUGUGUCAUCGUGAAUUCAAGAAACUAUUUCACGACAUAUUUUGUAAACAAUAUUUUAUCAUGUUAUUAUUGUAACAGACAACUUUUUAGAAAUAUUUUACCAUUAAAUGCUUUGAGCAUUUCCUUACAGGUUUCAUUUAUGGUUAUUAUAUUUGUCUCUGAGCCCUUGUUUUGCACCUUGUAGGAUGUUUGAACUGUACAGUAGAACAUGACGUGUUGAGCAUGUUGUACAGUUUACUAUUAGUAACCACUGAAAUGCUCGUCCAGGUCAAAUGUGUUGGAUAAGGUGGCAUUCUAUUUUACCCUCACUGAGAUUCUUAAUACAUUUUUCUAUUGAAGAAUAUUGAGAAUCUUGGCAUAUUUGUUCAGAUAGGAAUGAUCAUGCAAUAGAUCUACUGAUUCUUCUUGGCCAGCUAGUGCUUAAAAGUGUCAAUGUAAAAUAGUGACAUGCUCUUAUUUAUAAACACUAUUGUAACUAUUGAUAUUUUAUGAUUUGAAUUGGACUACUUUGAUAUUUAUUGUCAACAUGUAAAGUGUAUGUACAGUGGUGAGAGAAAGUUUGUGAACUGUUUAGGAUUUUCUGUAUUUCUGCAUAAAUUUGACCUAGAAUGUGAUCAGAUCUUCACCUAAGUCCUAAUAAUAGAUCAA